AUGCUCCUUGGAAUCUGGUUUGAAUGUCCACAACGCUUGUACAGUGAGGAACACAACAAGUGGGACGACGCAAAAAGGAGAGAGAGGAAGAUUAGACUACACAUCAGGAGCAAUGCGUUUAGUAUCAUGUUUUGGGCCCCUCUAGCAAACUGGGGUUUCGUCCUCGCGGGCUGCAACGAUUUGAAGAAAUUGCCCAUGUUCGUUUCGGAGAAAAUGACUGCCGUUCUGGCCGUCUAUAGUAUACUAUUUAUGAGAUACGCCCUUGCAAUAAAGCCAAAAAAUUAUUUACUUUUUUCGUGCCAUGCUACAAACACGGUGGUGCAAAGCAUUUUGCUUUUUCGAAAAUUGAAAUACGAGGCGGAUAGUAAGAAGGCUUUGCAACACGUCUGA